AUGGAAAAAUCACCUUUUUAUUUAACAUUUAAUUAUAAUGAUAAACAAAUAAUCAAUAAAAAUUUUACAAUAACAACUGAAUUAUAUUAUGAUAAACGUACAUCAAUUAAUUGUGAAAAUAAUCAAUAUAGAUUAUGUCUUGUUGAAUUAUCAUUACAAAUACAAUCUGAUAUAAUGUCAAUAAAAUUUUGGUGUCAACCACCAGCAUUUUUAUUUGAAGAUUUUAAUCAAUUUUCAAGAUUUCAUACUUGUAUACUACCUAUAAUUGAUGCUACUCAACAACCAUCUAUAACUAUGAUAAUUAAUUCAUAUGAUAUAGGAAAAAUUAUUCCAUUAACUAUAGCUAAUUUUACUUAUUUACCAGAAUAUUAUAUUGAAAAAAAUUCUGAAAUACCAAUUUUGAUUUUCAAUAAUGAAAAUCUUCUUUCAAGAAAUGUUCGUUAUGUAGUGAGUGAAAAUGAUGAUGCUAUUGAAAGUGAGCUUGAUGAUCCUGAUUGUAUAAUGGAAAAAAUAAAUCGAACUAAUGGAUAUUCAAAUCAAGAUGAUCAAUCUAAAGAUGAUGAACCUGAUGAAACUGCUGUACCUGUUGAUUUUGCAUCUGACAUAAUACCAGAGGAUGAUCGUAAUCAACCGAUAGGUGAAUAUGAUGAUUCAUUAGCAGUCAAUUGUACUGCAGGUGGUCCACUUUAUGGUCAUCCAAAUGUUGAAUGGAUUCGAGUAGCUAAUGCAUCACAUUUUAUAAUUGAUCAACGUAUUAAUCGUAAUGUUGAUCCUGAUAGUGAUGGUAUUGAUUUUCCUAAAAUGGAUACAUAUAUAUUACAAAUACGAAUGAUACCAUAUGUAUUUUUACAAUAUGUUUCUGUGCCAGCAAGUAAUGUUAUUUUAUUAUAUGUUGUGGUUCAUUAUGAUUCUGGACGAAGACAUAAUGCUUAUCAUUCAAAAGUUGAACAAAGUCCUGUUGUUGAAAAUUUUUUAGCUAAAGAACCAACAAGAUUUUUUGAAGUAUAUCUUAAUGCAACUGAUGAUGGUUUACCACCUAGUGAUGUUACAUUAGAUAUUGGUUAUUGUAUAGCACCAAAACAUAAACAUCCGAUUAUUGUUGAUUCAGAUAGUUCGUCCGAUCUGUUGACUGGAACAAUUGAUGUUGAUGCUAACGUUGGUGGUUCAAUAUCUUCAUUGGUUCCUAAAACAAUCAUUAAUCCAAGUGUAGCGUCGGAUACUUUGAUACCAUCACAAAGUCAGCUAGACACUGUCGAUGUUAGUAUUAAUGUUGCUCCUGUAACUCAGCCAAUAGUCGUUGAUGAAGCACACAUACCAUCUAUUAAUUAUGAAGCUCAAGAACCAACGAGUGUACGUAAACCCUCCGAUUCUCUUGUUGAAACAGUAGAUGUUAGUGUUAGUAGUAGUGAUUCUGGAUAUGUACCAUCAGAAACUCGUGGAGCCGAAGAAAGUUCACCUUCACUACAAAUCCUUUCUCAAGUACCAGUAGUCCAAAUGGUAGAUAAUGUUGAUACGUCUUUGGCAAUUAAUAAUCAAGAUGAAUUAAACGAUAUGCAAGUAAAAUCGCCAGCACUUGUUGCUACAAUUGAUCUGAGUGUAUCUGGUGAUCUUUCAAACAAACCGUACUCAACAGAUGCUGUCUCAUCACCAUCACUUGUAUUCAAUGGUUUACUACCAAUGACGACAUCACAAGUUCCAGCAAACUAUUUUUGUUAUAAUAAUCUUCAAAUUGUUGGCAAUAUCAAUGUACAAAAUAUAUUUCAUAUCAAUAGUCCACAACAAACUCCCAUCUCUGAUAUUAUCAACUCACAAUCGGAAUCAACAGGUUAUUCAUUUUCAUCAUUUCACUAUCCUUAUCAUACGAUAGUCAUUAAUCUACGAGUUAAUAUCUAUGUUCAUACACUUACACUUGGACCACAAUCUAAUGUACAAAGAUAUGGUUUACGAUUAUAUAAUCCUUUGAGAAAUGUUGAUGAUACAUAUUAUUCAUCAAUAAUUCCUGGAUCGAAUAAUCAACCAGCUAUAGUUGGAAUUCCAUUAGCGAAAGUUGCUAUUCGUUUAUAUUUGAAUUUAUAUACAACAAAUGAUGGUAGACCACCAAGUAAUAUUAAAAUUAUGAUUAAUGCUUGUUUUGAUUUAUCAUCGAUAAGUAGUGGAAGUAGUCCAAUGAUAGGUGGUCAAUACUAUCGUAGUCCAAGUAUUUCACAAAUUCCUACAGGAAUACAACAACAACCUUAUUAUGAAAGUCCUGUUGAUUCAGGAAUGUCAAUGCCUAUGAUGAAUGUCGCCCAAUCAAGCAACAUCAAUCUGCAUUUGAAGGUUAAUAGCAUACCAUCAAGCUCUGGUCCUCUUGAAACUAGUGAUGGUAGAGGUGUUUCUCCUAGUCUUCAAGUAUCAUACGAUACAAAUGUUGAGUCGAUGGCAGUUAAUAAUAUAGCUCCAUCAAUAACAAUGCUAGUUGAUGCUUCUAGCAAUGAUCCUAAAAAUAUUGCCUAUGAUAGAUCGAUUGGUAUGCAAACACCAUCACCAUCACUCACUGAAUCUCUUGAUAUUAAUGUUAAUAUGGAAGUUCCAGCAAUACCGUCAUCAGACAGUUAUUAUUCGUCAGCUGUUGAACAACCACGUUCACCGACCGUGUCCUAUUAUUCAAGUUUAGUAUUAUCCCAACCAUCAAAUGUAUUAAAUAAUUUACCAUCAAUGACGACAUCACAAGUUCCAGCAAGCUAUUUUUGUUAUAAUAAUCUUCAAAUUGUUGGUAAUAUCAAUGUACAAAAUAUAUUUCAUAUCAAUAGUCCACAACAAACACCUAUCUCUGACAUUAUCAACUCACAAUCGGAAUCAACAGGAUAUUCAUUUUCAUCAUUUCACUAUCCUUAUCAUACGAUAGUCAUUAAUCUACGAGUUAAUAUCUAUGUUCAUACACUUACACUUGGACCUCAAUCUAAUGUACAAAGAUAUGGUUUACGAUUAUAUAAUCCUUUGAGAAAUGUUGAUGAUACAUAUUAUUCAUCAAUAAUCCCUGGAUCGAAUAAUCAACCAGCUAUAAUUGGAAUUCCCUUAGCAAAAGUUGCUAUUCGUUUAUAUUUGAACUUAUAUACGACAAAUGAUGGUAGACCACCAAGUAAUAUUAAAAUUAUGAUUAAUGCUUGUUUUGAUUUAUCAUCGAUAAGUAGUGGAAGUAGUCCAAUGAUAGGUGGUCAAUACUAUCGUAGUCCAAGUAUUUCACAAAUUCCCACAGGAAUACAACAACAAUCCUACAUUGGAAGUUAUAAUGCUCCAGCAUUGUCAGGACCAGGUGUUUCAAGGGAAAAUAUUGUUGAAACUGUAAAUAUUGUAGGAAGUAUCGAUUCGAAUGUUCGUACACCAUAUGAUGAAAGUGGUAGUUCGUCUGCACAAAAUAAUAAUGCUCCGGAUUUAAUAAUUGCAACUGAUUCUGUUGACAGCGGUCCAAUACGAUCGGAACCAUUCAUUGCAAAUGUUGAUGUUAAUGUUGAAAUCAGUGAAUCAUCUGUGCCAUCAAUGCAAAUGCAAUAUCCCAAUCUUCCUCAAACAAUGCUCACUUCUGCUAUAUCUCAUUAUCAUAGUCCAAUGCUACAGUCAUCAUCAAAUGUACUGAAUAAUUUGCCAUCAAUGACGACAUCACAAGUUCCAGCAAACUAUUUUUGUUAUAAUAAUCUUCAAAUUGUUGGUAAUAUCAAUGUACAAAAUAUAUUUCAUAUCAAUAGUCCACAAGAAACUCCCGUCUCUGAUAUUAUUAACUCACAAUCGGAAUCAACAGGUUAUUCAUUUUCAUCAUUUCACUAUCCUUAUCAUACGAUAGUCAUUAAUCUACGAGUUAAUAUCUAUGUUCAUACACUUACACUUGGACCUCAAUCUAAUGUACAAAGAUAUGGUUUACGAUUAUAUAAUCCUUUGAGAAAUGUUGAUGAUACAUAUUAUUCAUCAAUAAUUCCUGGAUCUAAUAAUCAACCAGCUAUAAUUGGAAUUCCAUUAGCAAAAGUUGCUAUUCGUUUAUAUUUGAACUUAUAUACAACAAAUGAUGGUAGACCACCAAGUAAUAUUAAAAUUAUGAUUAAUGCUUGUUUUGAUUUAUCAUCGAUAAGUAGUGGAAGUAGUCCAAUGAUAGGUGGUCAAUACUAUCGUAGUCCAAGUAUUUCUCAAAUUCCUACAGGAAUACAACAACAACCUUAUUAUGAAAGUCCUGUUGAUUCAGGAAUGUCAAUGCCUACAAUGGAUGUCGCUCAGUCAAAUAAUAUUGUUGGAGCUGUGGAUGUCUCAAUUAUCGAUUCAAGUUUAUCAACUAGUAAUCGCGUACCAUCACCACCACUGAUAGCAACAAUCGAUAUAAGUGAAACUGUUGGUCGACAGCCUGGUUCAUUUGGACCGAUGCCUUCACCAAACAAACCAGUACCAUUUUCUCGUACACCUGGUCAAUGUUUUGAUCAAAUUCUUAUUAUCGGUGGUUCACAUAUAACUAUGAUUCGAUCACGCAAUCCUGCACAUCAAGUCGUUGGACCAGAGAUAAAUUUUGGUGGUACUGGUUAUACAUUUUCAUCACCAAGUGAUACUUAUGAAUUUGAAGUACAUUUUGCUCAACCAUUCACAAUGAAAUAUAUAUUUAUACCAUCUUCGGCUAAUGUAGAAAGUUUUAAAGUAGAAGCUUCACAUGCUGGAAUGUUAGGUGUAUUUACUUCUACGAAUACAAAAGAUGGUUUAGUUGUAGAUGGUUUUCCAACAAUGCUAGUUUCUAUGUUAGUAAUUACAAUCAUUCAUACUACUGAUGGAUACUUACCAAGUCAUAUUACACUUAGUAUUGGUGUCUGUAAUCCAAUUUAUUCGCCAUCGAAUGAAGGUAAUGAAGCUCCUGAAAUGACUGAUUGUACACCUCAAUUACGUUUACUUGGCAAUCCAAAACAAGUAACACGAGUCGAUAUUAAAACUGCAACAAUGCAUAUCAAACCUAAUAAUUUAAUUAAUCCAAAUCAAGAUGGAAUGGAUUUUCUUACAACAGAAGAAUAUAUAAUUGAUAUUGUAUUGAGUAGAACAAUGUCAAUAGAUUCUAUAACACUUAAUCCUUUAACUAAUGUUGAUAGUUUUAAAAUUCAAUGUCAUAAUUCUCAUGGUUAUUAUCUUGAAAUUAAAUCUAUAAUUGGUUCGAAAACUAUUAAUGGUCUUGCUAAUACACAAGCAAAUUUAAUAAGAAUUAUUCUUCUUGGUACAGAAGAUGGUAAUCCACCUAAUCAUAUAUCAAUUAAAAUAGCUGCUUGUAUUCCAACAAGUUUACCAAAAAUUAUGAGAAGUCCAUUCAAACAUGAACUUAUAACCAAACGAAGAAAACCAUCGAAAUUAAAUAAAAAUCGUUUUGAUGUUCUCGAAGACCAAUUGACAAUGACAUAUACAGAACAACAAGUUCCAAUAUCAGAAGAACAAUUUCAACUUGACUCACAAUCACCAACAUCUGUACAACUAACAGCAAACGUUGAUGUACAACCAAUUCAAGAACCUGACAUGGAUAUAUUACCAUCACCUAUUCUCGCACAACCAUCAUCAAAUAUCGAAUAUCAACCAUUAAUAAACUCACAAUCACAAUAUAUACAAAAUCAAAUUCCAGAAAGAAAUAUUCAGUCACAGACAAAUAUAGUGGUGGAAAUAAUUCAACAACCAGUGAUUCAAACACAAUCAUCACCAAUUAUCGUACAGCCAAUAGUGAGUCCAGUCGAAUUACCAAUACGAACACCGAUUGUGGAGCAAUUUCAACAGCCAAUGGUGCCGUCUAUAUCUACUCAAAUUAUUGUCGAAACGCCCAAUCCUGUGAUUUUAACACAGCCAAAUAAUAUUAUGGCACAAUCGACGCUUGAAGCAAGUGUUCAAACCAUUCCAUCACCGAUUAUUCCUGUACCUUUAAUAGUUCAAAUAUUACCAUCGCCAACACUUGUUGGUACACGUACUUUUGAUCAGCCACCAUCGAUCGACACCGAAGUGUCCGUUGUCAUUCAACAACAACAACAACAACAGCCGAUUAUAUCACCUCAAUCACCAUCGGCAGUUAUAAGAACGAUCUUUAGUGAGAUACAAUCUGCUCCACAAGCAACCAUCGUUACACUACCAUCACCAGUGAUUGAUGCACCUAGAAUUGAAGCAUCAGCAACUAUUUCAAUUGUCGAACAGCCUGUCAAUAUUCAGAGGAUAGUUGACAAUCGACCACAACAAGCAAUCAUCUCGCCAUCUUUGCCGAUGGUUAUUGUAGAAACUAUCUUUAGUCCAAUACGAUUAGCUCCUCAAGAAACAAUUCUUACAAUGCCUUCACCACUAAUUAAUGCGCCUAUCGUUGAAACAUCAGCAUCGAUUUCAAUUACUGAACAGUCAAUUAGAAGCCAACUUGUUCCCAGUUUUCAACAACGACCAGUGAUUGAGUCUCCUACUCCAACAGUUGUCAUCAGUACUAUCUUUAGUUCGAUUCUACCAGCACCGCAAGCAACUGUUCUUACAUGUCCAUCACCUAUAAUUGAUGCACCUCAAGCCGUUGAAAUAUCUGCAACUAUUCAAGUUGUUGAGAAGCCUGUUAUUUAUCAGCCUUCGCCGUCUAUAUCACCGCCGGCUAUCAUAAGAACGAUUUUUAGCGAAAUACAAUCGGCUCCGCAAGAAAUAAUUGUCACAAUCUCAUCACCUAUUAUAGAAUCAUCUCCAAUAGUUCGUACAUCAGAGACAAUAUCUAUUGUCGAUAAACCCCAAGUAUAUCAAACUGUACCGAUUGAUUUUCAACCAAAAGUCUUAAUACAAGAACAACAGCAAAUCAUAUCACCUGCUGUAACGCAGCCUGAUGUGAUACCUUCUUUGUCAGAAGUGGCCAUAAGAGUUACCUAUAGUUCGCCAAUAAUCGAAAUACAACAACAACAGCCGGUUAUUCCAUCUCCUAGUACAAUUAAUAUUAUAAGACCUAUACCAAAUCCGAGAAUUCAAGUUCCAGUCUAUGACACUUUAUCAUCACCAAUUAUCACACCAAGUCCAUCAAUUGCUGUUGUUUCUAGUUAUGCUCAACCAAUAGAUCAACAACCUGCUAUUGAAGAACGUUUCCCAAGUGAAAUACUUUCAUCUCUAUCUAUUGAAAUUCAAGCACCAAAGAUACGUAUGAUACCUUCACCGAUCAUUUCACCACCUAUAAUAGCGACAGAUCCACACGUUCCUUUAUCAAUUCCAUCUUCUGGAAUACGUACUGAAAUGUGCAAUUGUCAAUGUCCAAUCAGUGGAUUUGUACCAAUAGUUUAUAAUAAUCGUCAACAAAGUUGUACCAUUGGUACGAGACGAAAACGUCGAGAUCGUCAUUUUAUUGAUGAUGAUGAUGACGAUGAUCAUUAUUUCAGACCAAUUAACUAA